GGUCCUUGAGCCGUUGUACGAGAUCAUUACGGUAUUUAUGCAACUUCCACGGGCGGACUUUUGCGUAACCGUGCUGCACGCGGAGUAACAUGGCCGCCUGCGCCUUUGUUUCCAAGCUUUUACCGCUGGCGAGGGGAAGGUUUUGCGGCAGAGCGUCGCGUCCCGCACGCACAGCUGUCCGUGCGCUGUCGUGCGCGGCCGCAAGUCGUUCCCAGCUGCACAGGGUGGACGGGACCGGCGCGCUGCCGGGGAAAGUGGACCGAUUCGGCGGGGUGACGGUGAACCUGGCCGACAUCGGUUUACCCGCGGACGUCAGCGAGAGUUUGUUCAGCAGGUUACUGCGAGAUUCGUUGGUCCAGUGGAAGGCCGAGGGGAAGGUAGCCGUGUGGCUCCGGGUGCCCAUCUCCCUGAGCCGCUGUGCUGCCGCAGCCUCGACUCACGGCUUCACCUUCCACCACGCCAGACACGACCAGGCCGUCUUGGCCCUCUGGCUGGGAGAAGGGGAAAGCAGACUGCCGGGGUUUGCAACUCACCAGGUUGGAGUGGCAGGUGCAGUAAUUGAUGAGUCGAAUGGAAAAGUUCUUGUCGUCCAAGACCGAAACAAGACCAAGAAUGCUUGGAAGUUCCCCGGCGGUUUGUCUGAUCCAGGGGAAAAUAUUGGGUCCACUGCCGUACGUGAAGUGUUCGAGGAAACCGGCGUUCGCUCCGAGUUCAGAUCUCUGCUCAGCAUCCGGCAGCAGCACAACCACCCCGGUGCCUUCGGCAUGUCGGACAUGUACAUCAUCUGCCGACUCAGCCCGCUCACCUACGACAUCAACUUCUGCACUCAGGAAUGUCUGCGCUGCGAAUGGCUGGACCUCGCCCAGCUGGCCGAGACCGAGGACACCACGCCCAUAACCUCUCGCGUAGCCAGGCUCCUGCUUCGCGGCCUAGAGCGGGGCUUCGACGGGAUCGACCUGACCAUGGAGGAGCUUCCUGCCGUCUACUCGGGGAUGUUUUACCAGCUGUACCACAGGCAGCUUCCCCCAAACCUAAAAUCCUAGCAAGCCACCAUCAAACCCACGGGGGU